UCACGGUGAACGGGUCCAGGUAAUCCGGUCGUUCGCUCAAGGCACAAUGGCGAAGCAGGGGAAGCAGAUAUCAUCCCGCCACCGCGCCUGAAGCUAUGGCCAUGGCGCCGUUUCCGCCGCCGCCUCUCCUCGCCUCGCACGCCGCCGUCCGAGCCGCAGCCUCACGCGUCGCCGCGUCCCGGCGUAUCCGCGUCGCCGGCGAAGACUGCCACCACCACCCGCCGCAGGUCGCGGCCCUCCGGCGCGGCGACUGGGUGAAGCUCAUCUGCGGCGCCAGCUUCGAGGAUGCUGCCGAUGUCCGGAAUCUCUCCCUUGUCUACACGCUUGCUGGAGUGGAUUGCAUAGAUUGUGCAGCAGAUGCAUCUGUAGUCAGUGCCGUGAAUGAAGGUAUUGAUGUAGCAGCCUCAAUUGUACCAGAAGUUCAAAGGCCUUGGGUGAUGGUUAGCGUUAAUGAUGAUUGCAGAGAUCUUCAUUUCCGCAAAGCUGAAUUUGAUCCUGAAGAUUGCCCACCGGAUUGCUCAAAGCCAUGUGACAAAGUUUGUCCUGCUGAUGCAAUAUCACUAAAGAGGGUCAUGGUUGGAGGAGAACAUGCUCAGUCCGAUCCAAUAUGUGAUAAACUUGAGGGCGGUGUCAUUAUGGAACGAUGCUAUGGUUGCGGUAGAUGCUUAUCAGUUUGCCCUUAUGACAGAAUAAGAGCUAUGCCCUAUGUACGAGAUCCUGCCACAACAGCUGAACUGUUGAAAAGGAGUGAUGUUGAUGCAAUAGAAAUACAUACCACUGGAAAGGGAAUCGAUAUGUUCAAUACUCUCUGGAACAGCUUGGGUGAGUCAAUCAAUAAUGUGAAGUUGGUCGCAGUAAGCCUGCCUAAUGCUGGUGCAUCAACAAUUGAUUUCAUGAAUGCAAUAUACACGAUCAUGCAGUCGAAUCUGGAAGGGUAUAAUCUUUGGCAGUUAGAUGGUCGUCCUAUGAGCGGUGACAUCGGUCGAGGUGCAACAAGGGAAACCGUUUCUUUUGCUGUUGAUCUGACUUCAGUACCAGAUAGGCCUCUUGGCUUUUAUCAGCUGGCUGGUGGCACCAACUUAUACACUGUAGAUUGCUUAAAGAAAGCUGGUCUUUUCAAGGCUAGGACUUUACCUGGGACAAGAACCACUGAAAAGGUUGGUUCCCAGGAAGCUCUAAUAGGAGGAAUAGCUUAUGGUGGCUAUGCUCGCAAGAUUGUUGGAAGAGUUCUGCGCAAAAUACCAUCAGAACUUGGGCGCGUAUGCAUCGAGGAUCAUCCAGGAUAUCUCCUAGAGGCAUUGCAGGAAGCCUUGUCCUUAGUAGGCCCUGUGAAGGGUUAUUCAGCUCUGGAAACAUGAGUAAAAAUGUCAUCGCUCAGCUCUUUCCCGAUUAACAGGGGUGCUGCUGCGUGAUUCAAAUAGAGCUUUCAUAGCUGCAUCAUGUUCUUUCAAGGAGUAUGCCACCUGUUGAGGAUAUAACCAUUAGAGUCACCCGCCCAGGAAGGGCCGGAUUAUGUCAUAA